AUGAUAAUUAUAGCAGGAUGUACAGGAGACUUAAGCAAGAAGAAGUUGUUCCCAGCCAUUAAUAAAUUAUUCAGAAGGGAAUUGUACAACUGUACAAAUACAAAUUAUACAAAUAAAGAAUUAGACCUAACAGAUGCCACACUAAGCAGUUCUACAUCAGCACAUAACUUAAGCAAGUACAGUCCAAUUACGCAUGCCAACCCAAAGGACAGUAAAUGCAAUAAAAAUUAUUUAGAAGCAACGGAAAGUAAAAUUUUAUAUAAAAAAAUUUUACAGGGUGAUUUAUUAAUUAACAAUAACAUAAAAAUACCUAGAAUUAUAGGGUACGCCAGGAGUAUAUUAAAUAGUACACAAUUUAUACAGCGGAUUGAUCCUAAUAUAUCUUAUCUUAAGGAGACUAUUAGUAAUAUAGAGUAUUACAGUGGGGAGUAUAAGGAUAUGGUUAGUAAUAUAUAUGGUAUGAUUAAUGAAGAGUAUAAUAUGGAUAGUACAGUAAGUAAUGAGCCUAUAUAUUUUUAUUUAGCUGUACCACCUGAAAUUUAUCCAAGUAUUUUAAAAAGUGUAAAAAUUUUAAAAAAUAACGGAAAUAACGGUAUUUUUAAAUUACCAAUUUUAUUAAUUGAAAAACCCAUUGGUACAUCACUUAACUCAUUUUUACAGUUAAAACAAGAUAUAUUAUCAGAUUUAGACAGAUCUUUAUGUGUAGACCAUUAUUUAUUCAAGAAUGUAAUGGUAAUGUAUAAAGACCUGUACACCACCAGUGUAUUACAGGAUAUAAUAGUACCUGAACAUAUUUCUGAAGUAAAAGCGUACUUUAAUGAAGUAAUUGGUGUAUCAGGCAGGGAGAGUUAUUAUAAUACGUCAGGUGCGUGCAGGGAUGUAUUACAGAACCAUUUAUUACUAAUUAUAUCUACUGUAUUAGCUGGUACUAAUAGUAGACUAUCUAUACUACAGGAUAUUACUGCACUAACUGAAGGUGGCACUGUAUUUGGUGUGUAUAAGGAGUAUUAUAAGGUUAUCAGUAGGAGUAUUAGUGUGUGUGACAGUGUGCGUGAGAGUUAUAGUGAGACGUCACUUGAAAAAAUCAGUAAAAUCAAAAAUAUUCCAAAUAAGGAAAUAAAAAAUAACGGAAAUAUAAAAAAUACCGAUGUAAAAGAGACUUUUAUAAGGACUGUUACUAAAAUAGGUGGAAAUUGGAACAUUCCAUUAAAAAUGACUGCUGGCAAGAAGAUGCCAUCACAUUUUGUUGGGGUUAUUUUAAUUAUGAAAAAAUCAGGUAUUUUAAAAUUUGCAAAACAAAAAACAGACGUAAAAGAUUAUGAAAACCUGAAAUUAUUAGAAAAAAUAAUAAAAAAACUAGAAAACCCCGAUAAAUUAGACCAAGACACCCAGGAUAUUUCAUUAUCUGAUGAUAUAUGUGUGGAAACGGAUGAAAGUGUCAAUGAAUCAGAAGAAAGUACAGAAAAUUUUGAUAAAACAAAAAAUACAAAAAAAACUACCAUAUCGGGAAAGAUAAAAAUAAAAAUAACUCCAAAAGAGGAAAUAUCGGUAGAAUUAAAAUAUAAAAAUAAACUUGCAAAGAAAGUGAACAUUCCCAUACCAAAAACAGAAGAUAAAAUAGAUGCGUACGAGCACUUAUUCCACCAGUUAAUAUUUAAAGAGGAUUACAGCAACUUCUCUGCUCUCUCUGAGAUAGAAGAGCAGUGGAGAAUUGUAGACCCAAUUUUAGACAGUGAGAAUAUACGUAGAGUAUAUUACUAGUAAAAGCAAAACUUAGUAAUAAUAGUAUACUAUAAGAUGAACCAAUAAUAAUAAAUAUAAAUAUUUAUUACAC